GUGCCCAGUUGAAAGGGACCCUUUGCUCUGCAUCUGCCAACGUCGUAGGUCACCUCCUCGUAUCAAGUUUCUUUGUUCUCUGUUCUUUGCUUGGAAGAACACAGGAGGGAGGAGCAGGCAUGGGGAAGGUGAUGAGCAUGCGGCUCGCGCUGGUGGUCCUGGUGCUGGCGAGCCUCGUGCUGGCGGCCCAGGAGGCCGACGGGGCGCGGCCAGCGUCGACCGACGGCGUUAUCAGCUACGGUGCUCUCCUGCGCGGGAACGGCGCCAACACCUCCGACGCCAGCGUCCGGCCUUCCGCGGUGGCCAACUCUUACACGCGCGGCUGCAGCAAGAUCAACCGUUGCCGCGGCUGAUGCGACGCGUGCCUGCAUGCGUGUGUAUCUCUUGCUUUGCUCGAACGUUUGAACGUUGAUCCGGUGCCGUGUGCAAGCCAGGAGUAUGAUGCAACACA